AUGGGGGAAAAAGAGGACACUGAAAAUGAGGAAGAGGAGGUACAAGAGGCUGGUGUCAUGACACACUCUUCUGUAAUAGAUACAGAUUAUAUUAACAGUCAUAUGAACAGUGUAGUAGGUGCUCUGACAAAAAUAAUGAACUGCAAAAUUAGUGAAUGUGGUGAAGCUGAUCAUGUCCGCCAUCAUAUGUUUGUAAAGAGUCCGGCAGAUAUGUAUGAGAAAUACAUUAAACAGUACUUCUUUGGAAGAAAAUUUUUAAGUUCUCAGGAAAUGGAGCAUCUACAAACAGUUCUCCAAAAUGAAAUGUUUUGCAGCAAACCUUUGCAUGGAUCAAUUUUCACUCGAUACAGAACCUUCCAAAAUCUUAAAAAUGAAGAAUUGGAAAGUAUCUUAAUAAAUAGUCCACUAAUGGCAGUUCACUAUUUCUCACUCAUUUUACUAAAGGAAGCAAUCGUUUAUCUUAUUUGCACAAAAACAGGAUUGCCUUAUGAAGAGGCUGAUGCAAGAUGUUCAUCAACAGAGUGUUCAGUAAAGGAUCUCCAUCUAUAAGAGAC